AUGUCUGAUGAAGACGACUAUCUCUCUGACAAAUUUAUUAUAGAAUCCACCAUCAAACCCUCAGGUCCGCAAACCUACAGUCAAAUACGCAAAGAUGCACAAAAACGCGCUCAACUCAAGAAGGAACAAACCCGUAAUAAAAGUCAGAGGGAGAUCCGAGAAGAGGCGCUGAACAAGAGCCUAUUCGAGAGAGCCAAAGAGGAAGAGCCUUCCAGUGGAGGGAACAAAGCGUUGAUGAUGAUGAUGAAGAUGGGAUUCAAACCUGGACAGUCACUCGGGAAGGUCAAUGAUGAAGACGACUCCUUGAAGGCGACUAGUUCAAACAAGACUCGACGAGCUGAAUCAGACGGCGAAUCUUUAGCGGGAGCUGGUAAUACAUCUGAAUCUCAGACGAGAAAGCAAGAUGAUCUGAUAUCACCAACAACGAUCGCUGUUCAACCGGGUCAUCGCACUGAACCUAUACCGCUCAAUGAAUGGUCUGGGAGACAAGGCAUUGGUACCUCCAGAAAAUUGAAGCGAGGUGCUCCCUCGACAUCCGAGGAGCGAGUGGCGAAGAUGGCGAAGAUGGAAAAGGAGGCAGUAAAAGCUCAAGAUAACUUCCGUGUGAGAACGCGGUUGGAAUAUUUGGAAAGGCGAGCUGAGGGACAAUUAGGGCCUGCACAGCGAACAUGUGUCAACUUAGAUGAGAAGGCUGGCAAGAAGUUUAAUGUUUUAUGGCUAAACCCCGAGAACUUGGAUUCCUUCUCUCCGGGUCUUGUACAUUCCUUGGGUCAGCGCCCUCAAAGGGAGAAUUCGGCUGGACUUGCGACGCGCCUUCGAAAAGAAAUGGAAUCCGAUGCGCUUUCUAGUGUUACUCACGACUACGACGACCUUGUUGAAAGUAACAUUAGCGAUACCUCCCUCGAUUCAAACUCGGAGUUUUCGCAGAAUGUGCUCGACGAAGCGAGUCAAUUCCUUCGUCUCCAGGCACGAGAUCGUUUAGAGUUGGUAUUGACAUAUCUUCGGGACGAAUACGCGUACUGUUUUUGGUGUGGUACGGAGUAUGAAGGUCAAGAGGAGAUGGAGGAAAAGUGUCCUGGUGUCGAUGAGGAAUGUCAUGAUUGA